UGUGUGCAUGCGUGCGUGAGGAUGAUCAAGUGCAUGUGGACGCGUGAGUCGACAGGAAGGAUGGCUGCUCACGUGUGAGCCACAGCGAGACGGCUUUAUUUCAUAGCAGAAAACCCUCAAUGCGUUCUGCUGCAUCGCCACUGAGAUCCGCCAGCAUGCCUGCAGAGCUUCAGGAGAAGAAGCCAGACUCUGAGAAACCACCGACCGAACCGUCAAAUCCAGACACUAAUGAACAGACAGAGGAAGCUCUUCCGGCGGACACACCGUCCUCAGACGUGUCCACAAUCACCUCCAACCCUGGAAGCUCAGAGAACACUGACGCUCAUACUGAAAGUUCUGGCGUUGGGAUGGAGAAAUCAUCCAGUCCUGAUUCAGAAUCAAACCCGCUCAGCAACAGCAGCUCUAAUGAACAGGUUGUGUCAACUGGACUGAAGGAAAUUUCAUCAUCAGGAUUGGAUGACUCUCAAACAUCAUGCCCAGAUCAAGCAAUGCCGCCAAAUGCGUCGAACGAGACGGACCCGGCUCACCCUGAGCCCAGCGUGACCUCUGACACUGCUAAUGAGAAUGUCAAGGCUCAUUCAGCUGUGUUCAACACUUUUAAUAAUCACAGCAGCGCUUUACUGCAUGGAUUCCCAUUCCACCCGUCAUACUCAAACCUGCCCGCCCGGAACUAUGUACCAGAGAACUGCUACACCCUACCGCUACACCGCGACAGAGGCGGGCACACUAUGCCAGCCUGUAACAGCGUGUCUAAAGGCGAGCAGGACUCUGGCGUAUCCACCGUCAAUCAUCGGAUCUUAGGUGGGACUCUUCAUUUGAGACCGUCUCUGGAUCUCAGUGCAGACGAUCACCUCGGGCCGCUGCCACACCUGUAUUUCCAGGAUCUGUACAGGAUGCAAACGCUCAUUCCGCAGAAACGCGCCAGCACGGUGAGUCUGGACACGAUUCGGAAGGACCCACGUUGGAGAGACCCAAACCUGCACGAGGUCAUCGCCAUGUUGAGUCACCCAAUGGACCCGGUGAAGUCCAACGCGGCAGCGUACCUGCAGCACCUGUGCUACGAAAACGAUAAGGUCAAACAAGACGUCAGGCAGCUCAGAGGGAUUCCCAUCUUGGUGGGGCUCCUCGACCACCCCAAACCGGAAGUCCAUCGCAAAGCUUGCGGCGCGCUGAGGAACAUCUCGUUCGGCAGAGACAAUUUCAACAAGGUGGCCAUUAAGAAUUCCGACGGCAUUCCGGCUCUGCUGAGACUCCUGCGGAAGACGAGCGACAUGGAGGUCCGAGAACUCGUCACAGGAACCCUGUGGAAUCUCUCCUCACAUGAGCCUCUGAAGAUGAUCGUCAUAAACCACGGACUGCAGACACUCACGGACGAGAUCAUCAUACCACACUCGGGUUUGAGAGGCGACCCCAACGACCCCACCAGACCUGGAGAUCCGGAGUGGAACACGGUCUUCAAGAAUACUUCUGGAUGUUUGAGGAACGUGAGUUCAGACGGUGCAGAUGCGCGUCAGAGACUGCGUGAGUGUGAGGGACUUGUGGACGCUCUGCUACAUGCCCUUUAUUCUGCUGUUGCAAAGAGAGACAUAAAUAACAAAUCGGUGGAGAACUGUGUGUGUAUUCUACGUAACCUCUCCUAUCACGUACACAAGGAGGUGCCCGGAGCCGAGAAAUGUGAUGUACAAGAAGCCAAUCACACUGCGAAAUCAGGUGGCCACCAUAAGAUGAAAGAUGAGUCGGACUGCUUCGGUGGACGCACAACCAAAGAAGAAUGGUUUCAUCAGUGCAAACGACAUGCAGUGAGUGAGAAGAAGAGCUGCAAUGUUGAUCUGCCCAAGAGGAGUUUACCCAUGAAAGGCCUGGAGCUUCUGUACCAGCCGGAGGUGGUGCGACUUUAUCUGUCACUCCUCAAACUGAGCCUGAACCACAACACGCUGGAGGCCGCGGCCGGAGCGCUUCAGAACCUGUCUGCUGGACACUGGGCCUGGUCCAAUUAUAUCCGUGCAACUGUGCGUAAGGAGAAAGGUCUGCCGGUACUCGUCGAGCUGCUUCACUCUGAUGCGGAUAAAGUGGUGCGAGCGAUCGCCAUCGCACUGAGAAAUCUCGCCAUCGACCACAAAAACAAAGAUCUCAUUGGGAGUUAUGCCAUGAGGGAUCUGGUCAGUAAUCUGCCCUGCGGUCAGCAGCGACCCGCCAAAAACCUGGAGGGAGACACGGUGGUGGCCGUUCUGAAUACUAUACUGGAGAUCAUCUCUGAAAACCUGGAGAAUGCAAGAUUCCUCAUUCAGGGACAGGGAAUCCAGAAACUUGUUUCAAUCAAUAGAACCAGCCAAUCAGUGCGUGAGACCAAAGCUGCAUCACAUAUUCUGCGGACCAUUUGGGCGUAUAAAGACCUGCGACACACUCUCUGUAAAGCCGGCUGGAAUAAAACUCACUUCAAGCCGGCCAUAUCUGGGCUGCCAAAAAAACUGAAGACCACAAAACAAGGCAAUGAUGACAUCACACUGCCCUUAAUGGAGAAAAACCAAGACGGUUACUGCACCGUUGAUCAGACAGAGAGAGUUGGAGAUUCUCUGUGCCAUAUGAUCGAACGGGAAACAUUUCAGGGUGUAAAUGACAAGAGACAUUUCAUCAGGAGCAGUAGACCAGCGGUGGGUUUAGUGGAGGGAACGCCACAGCCGAUGGACUCAUGGGUCUGAUCGCCCCCCCCCCCC